ACCUCUCUAUAUAAGAAUUAUUUCAUAACCGGACUAAUUGUGCGCUACGCGAUAGUACUACAGACCGCGUAUUGAAAAUCGUCAAUAUGGUUAAGGGAUCGGUAUUUGCUGUGACCGGUGGUUCUUCAGGAUUAGGACAAGGAGUGGCAAAAGUUCUUCUUACUAAUGGAGCGAAAGUAAUAAUCCUAGAUAUUCAAACUCUGAUAGAUGAUAGUUUAAAGCCUUUUGCAGAUAAUAUGUGCUAUGUGAAAACUGAUGUAACGUCGGAAGAGGACGUUAAAGAAGCACUUGCGACCGGAAAAAGAAAAUUUGGGAAAUUGAACGGAAUAGUUAGUUGCGCUGCUUUUGUUGGCGAUGUUGAGCCAAUAUAUGACACGAAAACAAAACGACUUAGUAGUUUAGACAAUUUUCGCAAAGAAGUAAAUGUUAAUCUUAUUGGAACACUAAUUUCUAUUCGGCAAGCGCUUCCUUUAUUAAUUGAAAAUGAGAAAGAUGCUGAUGGAGUAAGAGGAGUUAUUAUUACUAUUUCAAGUGUUGUUGGUCUUAAUGGAACCCCAAAAAUGUUGGGAUAUUCCGCCAGCAAAGGUGGUUUAAUAAACAUUAUUCCUCCUCUCGCAAUUGAAUUGAGAAAUUAUGCAAUACGCAUUAUGGACAUAGCGCCAGGUGUAUGUAAAACCCCGAUGAUUGAUAAGGCUUUCGGCCGCGAAGCAGCAGCGCAACUGCAUAACGAUUUUCCUCCAAGGCAAAUAGAACCUGUGGAAUUUGGAACAUUUGU